UAUACCCAUGUAGUUUUAACCCACGUUGGCUAACAUGCCUGGCCAGAAGGAGCAGCCCCAUCCGAUGCGUAGACCCAUUAGCCAGCUAACACACCAUGUUCUGGACGGCGGUAGCCUCCUCCACACUCUCCUCCAACAGCGCCGAGAGCUCGGCGGGAUUGGCCAGUGCGGCGCCCAGCUACCAGCAGCAGCACACGAAGCCAUCGCCCCUGCGAGCCUCCGCCAGCAGCUGGCAGCUUAGCAAUGCAGCAUUCAAGUCGCGCCUGCAACAGCAACAGCUACUGCAGCAGCACCAGCAACAGAUACAGCAGCAGCACGAGCAGCAGCAACACGAGCAGCAACAGCAGCAACAGGAGCAGCAGCAACAGCAACAGCAGCAACUGCAGCAGCAACACGAGAACGCAUCCCAACAGGAAGUGCAAGCGAGUAGGGAGGACAACAGGCGGGCGGUGGGGCAAAAGACCAAACUUCAGACAGCGAACAUCAAAAAGAAAAUCAGUCCCAAGAGUGAGAGUAAAAUAUUAAAAGCGUUCACCUCCUGCAAGUGCACCCAGAAGUAGGAGUUGCUUCACGUGCAAGUGUACAAAUGACAAAACAAUAACAACCAAAAAACCCAAGAACAAAUCGAAACUGAUAUGACAUAUUUUUUGAUGCAUUUUCAAGGUAGAAACAUUGCAAAUACAAACAAAAAGGCACUCGAAUAACAAGUAAGAACGUACAAGUUCCUGUGGAUAUUUAAGUGAAACAAAGUAACAUUAAAUACAUGUAAUGUGCGCCAGUUUUAAGGAAUAAAACAUACUUCUUAUGGUAAGCUCGGCAUAUUCUGGGUGUGAGUUAUAUGAAAGCAUAUUUAUUAUUAUAUAUAUUCAUUUGCAAAAGAUGGCUCCCAAGUUGCCUUUGAUUGCUCAUAGACCUCUGCGGCUUCCUUAAUCCGUGGACUCAUUAUCAUAUCUCAACGGAAGCAGUCCUUCAGUCUCACACAUUUGCCAGAUAUUCGCCACAUUCCAUUUCGCAUCCAUCAAAGUUUUGCUUUGAUUAGCACAUGAUUUGACAUGCUGAAGGUUAAUUUGCAUGAUUGAAGUUGGCCAGAAAGGCUUUUUGGCCGGCGGGGCUAAGGCCAUCAAUCAAAAAAGGACGAUUUCCGGCCAAAGUGUGAUAAUUAUUUGUCAACUCUGCUCGCAACCCUCGCAUGUUAGAUGCGUAUGAACUCUUCUUCAGUUUUCACUGCACAUUUAUUUGUUAUUGUUGGUGAGGUACUUGUUUUACCAGUUGGUGGUACCUUUAGAUAAAUAGUAACUUUUUCUAGCUUCUUUUCAACUUUAAGCGAACUUUUGGAAACCGAUUUGCUUGUCCUUUUGAUUUUCGUUUUAUUCGGCUUUUAGAAAACUUUUGCUUUCAACAGCAUUAUAAUUGGUUCUUUGAAAUGUGCUGCAAGAUAAGUAAUCUAACCCCGCUCAAAGUUAAAAUGCAUUAGGAAUUUAUAGGAAGCCGAAGAAGGUAAAAACUUGGCAUUGAAUCGAUGGGAAGCGUUUUCAAGGCAAGUCUGUUGUCUGUUAUUCAACUAGAGUCCAGUAAUCGCAGUGCCCCUUAUUGCCACUUGCCUGCAAAUAUGAAUUGCACACUUUACCAUAUGGCUGGGAAAUUCUCAGCACGUUUGCCGCCGCCAUUAAAGUGGAGAAACCAAUUAUCGUCCUGGCCCUAGUCCGCUUAUGGCAAUUAGCAAAGGGAAAUUUGCGGUUUAGUUCGUCCAGGAAUAGAGUACUCCUCCUCCAGCACCAUUCUGCACCACAUCGAAGGUGACACACAGGCACGCAAUAAAUUUUUAUUGCCCGGCAUAAAAGCGAAAAGCCAGGCCAAAGUCCAAUGUCCAAUGGCCAAUGGCCAAAGUCCAAUAUCCAAUGGGCCAAACAGACCAACGCCCAGCGGCACUGACAAUGAGCCCAAGGAGAAGGAAGUGGGCCAAAUGGAGGCGAACCAGGCCGCAAAUUGCUUAUCGAUUCGCAGAUUUGCCUUCGCCACUUUUUAUGAUUUUAAGCCGAAUGCUUGGCCCGAAUUCGCUGACGCAGUUGUGAAAAUUGAUUGAACCGACAGUGGAAUGGAAAAUUCUCGCUUAUUUACUGGGCCAAGUACGUUCAUUGCGAAACAUAUGAUUCGCUGCCAAUGAUUUUCCCGGAAUUCCAUCAAAGAGCCAAACUGUGACCUAGGCAUAUCAAUUGCUGAAAUUCGCUGUGAAUUCAUUAAGCCAACUGUGACUACUGUUGCAUUAAACACAAAGCUGGUGUUUUAUGUGCCGUGGCAAAGUUUUAAUUUCGUUGGGGAAUUGCGUAUGUUAAGCGAGGGGCCUCAACAAGUGGCAUACAGGUGUAUUCCCACGCACAUUUAUUUCAUCUCAGACAAAUGGCGAUUUCGGCGAAAUCCCCAAGGCCAAACCCGACAAACAUUGAACUCUUUAUAAAUUAAUGCGGUCACAGGCUGGCAAUUCGUAGAAAUAAAUCGGAUUGGUUGCAAAGCUAAAGAGUUAACAAGUAUUCCAAGUAUUUUAUAAAUAACUAUUUAAAUGCUGCGUAAUAACUUAUAGUAUUUACACCCAAUAUAAGUUCACUGAAUCGGAAACUUAAUUGAUAUUUCCCACCAUUGACACCUGAUAGCCAAUAGGUUUGCGUAAAAGUUAACCAAUUAAGCCAGGCUUGCAUGAACGAAGAAAAGAAGAAAGGGACAACUACUGCGGUUUUGCUGAAUUAAGCCCCACAAAUAAAAUUAAGGAUCAAAAUGUGUCAAACGCACUGUUUCUCUAAUUAGUUCAUUCUAGGUGUCGGCUGUGGGUUGAUGGGUUUACACCCAUCUAAACGUGGCUAAAUGUUGCUAAAUGUGGCUAAAUGUGAGUUAAGCCUGAAUAAUGGACGUGGGACGGUUAAUUUGUUGUGGACUUGCUGCCAACAGCAAAUAAACUGAAAUCUGUCAUUGUCUUUCACCAGCUGCCAGUGGCUUUACUUUCCCCUAUUUAAAAACAAGGGACAACACACAAAUGUCUCAUGAACAAUUGUCAUGAAUACAGUGCGAACCAUUUUACGCCAAAUUUUCAAAUUCCACUUAAUUUUCGGUACAGUAAACAAUUACCGAAACGAAUUCGCGCACAUUUUGUGCAUUUUUAUUCUAAACACACAGCACACCAGCAAGACAUAGAUAUGAAUUUAUGCGGCAGCCUGCCAAGCAAUUUGUUUUUUCCCUUUCAAAAUUCGCUUCGACGGCGAAAAUGUGCGACAAAAAAAGAAGAAAAGACAGACGACCCCAAAAAGUAGGCAAUGUUUUAUUUGUCGAUGCAAAAGGAAGUUGCGCCUGUAAUUUGAGCUGUAGCUUAAGGAAUUUGCAUAAAUUCGGAGAAAGGGCGAAAGUAAAGGGCGGGAGAGAGUGAAAAGUGAAAGGCAAACAUACGACCAAGAGUGAAUAAUAAACAGAAAGCAAAAUAAGCGUAAGGAAUGCCAGAAACGUGUUCCUGGCUGUCCAAUGGCAUGGAAGAAAAUAGAAUUCCAGCUGGACAAGAAAACCAAAACGUUUUCAAGCCUUCACCUUGGGCAGGUGGUAGUGUAACACCAUGGGGGAAAAUGAGGAAACAAAUAACACAGAAGGUCACUUCACAACUCAUUUUUCAACAAUGUUUGCCAGUUGGUUUUUGUUUGUUUUAGCUGCCGGACAAAUUGCUGGACAACAGAAAAAAGGGCGUUAAUUCAACAUGUGAUUUUUUACUCCCUCCAUAUUAAUGGGCUCACAUUUUUCAUAACACAUGAUACGCAGUUAAAGUAAUUUGCACACAUAUGUACUUCUUGCAUAUGUUUAUUUUAGUGCAGAGCAUUUCUUUUCACUCUGUUUCCAAACGAUUAAUAAAAGUUCCUCAAGCGACUCAAUCAAACCAGUGAUUUGUACAAAAUCUGGCUAAGCAGCCGUCGCAAUUACCUCUAUUGAAUAUUAAUUAAUUUAUUUAGCCUAGUUGAAGCCAAAAUACUCAACAUAAAUAGAGCAAAGUUUUGGCUUUAGGUCAACACUUUGUCCAACUGCGAUUUCCACUGGCCAAUGGCCAGAGUUUUGUGGGUUGCUAAGGCCCAAAUGCUGUGACCCCGAACCGCUUGUUACUUAUUAAAUUGGGGCUUCUGCUGUUGGAAGUCCUACGCCGAAGAAAGUUUGAUUACACAGCUUAGAACAAAGUCCCAAUAGCUGCCACACGGCAAAAACUUUCUCAAGGGGUCGCCCAAAGAAUUAGGCCCAGUCUUACUACCAACUUUGAUUUCUUUUUUUUUUCUGGGUAGGGAGGGUUAAUCUCAAUCAGAAAAGUAUAAACAAUUUGAAAAUUUACAAAGUUUUUUUGCGGAUUAAAAAUCAAGAAUCAAAGCAGUGAAUUCAGGAAGAUGUACGAGUAUUCGACGCAAUGAUGAGACAGCCAAAUCAAAUAAUUGAAAGUCUCUUUCAACUUUUAACGAGAGUAGGUGAAAGGUCAUAAUUAUUUAUGUGGCAAAACAAGAACUUUUCAAGUGCGUUUAGUUGGCGUAUUUAUUUAUGGCGCCUAAGAUGCUCAAGUUAAGUGCAAACAAAGUUGAAGAC